AGAUCGGCAUUCAUUUGUCAUGGCCGUGCAGUGCGCCGGAUGAUAUCCAUAGCGCACUACCCCAUCCUAGAUUUUAUGCUAUUCCACCUGCAGCUUCUGAUGUUUUUUCUCUUAGGAGGGUACUUACAUUACACUACAAGUUUCAAGUUCGUCGACAUCACAGCACCGAAAUACAGCUAGGGGGAGGCCGCUUUCGCUACAAGUGGUUCGGAACAAUGCGGACUAUGAACGCACUCUGAAGAAGAGUGUCUACGGUGAUUUUGUUCUUGAUUUGAUUUAUUUGAAAGCUUAUCUCGCUCUUUUUGUUUACGAAGGAAACAAAAACAAAUGUAAGUGCCCGGUCUUAGUGCCUCGCUCUCUUCAUCUUCAUCGAAUUUCUCCUCGAAACUUUAUUUUACCUCCAUCGAUCGCAAUCGCUUCACUUCGUGUAUUUAGCCUUACACUUUCACAUUUUGACUUUGCGAACCAAGUUCACGUUGUAUUUAGCUCAGCGAAAGCGAAACCGAUGACGGGCCACAGACUUCGGCCACGGUCUGCGCCUUCGAUUUUCCGCGUUUGACGCAUGACGAGCGCCAGUGUCCGCGGAAAACGAACCACACGAUUAAUCGGCCCGGUUCUCCAGUACGCUUGUUAGGUACCACCUUCGUGGCUGAAGAUAAUGGCUUCGUCCUCCAGCACAGCUCCCCCCAGAAGAAGUAGGUUCGACGCGAGUAAAAACGCCAACAAGACCGCCUCGCCAUCUUCCCCCACCGACGAGCAAUGUCGGCUCGCUGCGGACUAUUCCCGAUACUUCGAGGCUUUCAAAACCGCGGUCCCGACCCAAACCGCAAAACUCACCCUGGACAACCAAGCGACCCAAACCUGGGAGUAUUACCGCCUCGGUGGCGAAGAGGAUUUGAGUUUGAACCUGGACCCGGUGGUCUUUCUGCCGCCAGAAUCCGCAUCCUGCGACGUGUUUUUUCUGCAAAUCGACGCGCUGGCUGCCAAGGGGUACAAGUGCAUUUCCUGCCAGCACCCGCCCAUCUGGACGAUUGAAGAAUUUGUCGCCGGGUUUGGUUUGUUUCUGGACCACAUCCAGGCCCGUCGCUGCCACCUGUUUGGAGCUGGCCUCGGCGGAUUCCUAGCACAGACCUACGCCGCCAGCUGUCCCAGACGCGUGGCCAGUUUGCUGCUAUGUACAGAGGAUUCUCUCCUUUGAUUCUUUUUCUUGCGAAGUGCCUCUCCGACGGUGAUAUUUUAAUGCGGGGGCAGUUUUGUUAUUGUUUCGUCUUGAGCCGUUUGCUAUUGUUUCGUCUUAUAAAAUUGAGCCGUUUGUUAUUGUUUCGUCUCAAUCGAUCUCAUCGUGUCAGAUAAGUAUGAAAAAACGUUCUAUCUAUGAAAUCGAUGAUCGCAUUUGCGACGAGAAACCAAAAAUACGAAAAUAACCACAGGCAACACGUUUUGCGAGACCCCAUACUCCGGCGUCGGUAUGGGUGCCGGAAUGGUGAUCGGCAUGUUGCCAAGCGCGACGCUGCGGAGCAUUGUCUUGAAGAACCACAUCUCCGCACUAGUCCACGAAGAGGACGAGAGCAGCACGCGCGAAGACCCACAUCUCGGGCCACUCAUAAGGAAACGAAACUAUCAUCGCCGGAUGGUGAAAGAAGUCGAGGCGUGGGUGGAGGGUAUAGUUUUUCUUCCUCUAGACUAUGUGUCUUUGCUUUGCAGUGAAUGUGAGAAAAGUUGCGGCUGCGUUAAAAGUAGGAUCUACAUCUACUUCUUGUCGUGCGAGGACUUACCAUACUAAGAGCAAGAUCAACAUCAGACGUCAAAAUAGAAAUUUUUAUUUUUAUCUAUAAUUCUUUCCACCAUCGAUCUCCCAGGUAAUCUGACCCAUUUAAGCCCGGAACUGCUGCAGAGCAAGGUAACUCUUGCUUAUGCUGCAAGCACCCUACCGGAAGUGAAGAUGUCAGACUACCGCGUGCUGAUAAUCGAGUGCUUGGACCUCAAGGACCUGAACGAGCAGGCUGCCCAAGGCAGCGCGCAGCUGAAGGCACGGCAUCCCUAUGCGAAGCUGGCCGACCAGAAGACUGGCGGCUCCUACCCGUUUCUGUGCGCCCCCAUGGAAACAACCAUCUUCCUAGAAGUACACCUGCGCAACUGCGACUAUUUCCCGCAAUUCGACUCACCGGGACCGAAGGUGCGCUUGUUUUCGCGUUAAUAAAUAAUUUCACCUAAUAUUCAGUGUCAGAUCCAGAUGGUCUUGCACAUGAGCAUGACAUUGACAAUCAGCUUCGCCAUAGUUGUUACAGCCCCUCUGGCUACAAAACAACACUAACAGACACCACACAAUGAAUUUUCUUGGCAAUGAAUUGACUAACCGUAACCACCUGCAGGUGAAACGCGCGCCAGACGAUCUCGUGAGCGGCGCCGAGGUCUUUGUGCCGGAUAUGCCUGGAGGCGGCCCGCUGGCAAUGUCACCUGCAGAGGUGGAGGCACCCGCCACACCACCCUCAAUAUCCAAGAUCGAGAGCUCCAUGUUGGAAAGCGUUCCAGAAAACGAGAGAAGACAUCGCUGAUCUAUACAUAACUGUUGACAUAACUUUAGCUCUAUGUUGUUGUUGACCACGGUUGCGUACAUUACGGUUGCCUUCUCCUCUGUCCCGUCCAAGAAGAAGGCAACCACGACGACACAUAUCUAAUUUCACGCGACACAAUGCUCCCACGAUCAUGGAUGAUACAUCAUCUCGCGACAACACGACACGAAGGAAAAAGAAAUAAAAAACAAACCAACGAGACUACGAGCGCCCUAGCUGAGGUUUAAUCAUAUGAAAAAUACCCAAAAUAUCUUCCGACUCUGAUUAGUGUUUCAAUUUUUCUUCUCCCGUCCUUUCGAGAUGAGAGCCAUCUUGUGCGCUUUGCUUUACUUCGGUCAUGAGAGGAGUUUUUUCUUGGAGUAAGUUCUAGGAAUCAAAAAUGAGUCGAUCUUGCUUAUCCCUGAUCAGCGAGCGUGCUGCGUCUCUCCAGCUGAAAUCAGCGGCCCUCAACGUGGCAACGAAGUGGUGUCACGGGCGAGAAACUCGAGCACACAUGUGUAUACCGACAAGACGACGCAGCGCGAGCCGCAGUGUCAUCCGUAGAUAACGGCGGCCGUAGGAUAAGUUCGAACAGACAUGAAAAUCAUGUGGAGAGAAAGUGGUGCUGAAAGUCACAGCCAACCUCGGUGCGAGGCGAACAAAUGUAAGUAGGAUGCUCGAGCAGAGCGCUGUAUCGGAGUCAUGAAAUGAAAAACAAACAGUGCACAAGCAAAAGCGUGUGAGUAUGAAAAUCAAAUGUAACGCUCAGAAUCAUCAUCACAAAACUCAGACUGAAAAGUGACAUCUUCUAACUUCAAAUCGGCAAUGACACCAAAUUUCUCAUGGCU